GAAACAAUGAAGCUCACAAAAUGGCGGCGCCCAGGCGGUGUGUGUGAGCUCUGACUGACCUGCUGCUUUUCGUGGGCCGAGGCAGAAGGCAGAAGAGAGCAUGCUGCGCUGACGGGCAGCGGGAGCCCGCCUAAGCUCUCAGGCUGCGCUGGCGGAGUGAUACCUGCGAUACGAGACGUUGGCUAGGUUGCCGUGACGAUACUUAGGCACGGGAUGCAGUCCAUCAGCUCGGCUUUGAUGGCAAAUAGCGUGUCGCUCCUACUAGGCCUGGGUUCGGGGCUGACCCUGGGCUGGUUGCUGGGCGCGAAGUUUGGACUCCGCAAUGGCCUGUCGAAGCUCUUGGGCUGCGCCGGCGGAGUGGUGAUACGGGACGUCGGUGAGUGUAGCGGCGACGACAGCGGCGAGUUUAAGCUGGUGCUGGUGGUGCGCAGCGACAUCAAGAUGGAGAAGGGCAAGGCGGCUGCCCAGUGUUCGCAUGCAGCUGUGCUUGCCUACAAACAGGCUCAGAGGGACGCACCCAGGUCGUUGCGCCAAUGGGAGCGCCAGGGACAAAGGAAGGUGGUGCUUCGGGCGUCGACUGAGGACGAGAUGCUUUCGUUGGCGAGCCAAGCGCGUGCCAAGGGUCUCAUCACAAGCCUGGUGCGCGAUGCUGGUCGUACGCAACUAGCACCCGGCACCCGCACUGUGCUCGGCGUAGGGCCAGCGCCCGAGCAGCUAGUCGACUCCGUCACCGGACACCUUAAACUCUAUUGACAUUCCACUCGCCUCCCAGAAGUCGUGUGCCGACGCUCAAGGACAGUUCUGAAGUGCGUGCAGCUGUUUGUUGUCCAGCAGCCUCGGCAGUCUAUCCCUGUGCUUGUGCCCCCGCAAUACCUGCCCCGAGUGCAGUUGUGCACUCGUGUGCCUGACAGAGAGUGACGUGCACACCGUUCACUCUGAGACCUUUACUUGAAGUAACAAAGCCGGUGCGCUUCUCGCUUCAGAUUAAGGGACUGUCGGACAUUGCCCUGUGUGUUCAACGAAAGAGACACUGACGUGGUGGUGACGGUGGAUAGCACAGGCUUUUUUAAUGCGGCACACAAUGCAGCCAUUAAUGACGUGCACACGCUGUCGAGGCCUGUGCCCUAAAUCUUCUCAGGUGUGCAGAUCUCCAGGUUUCGAGAGGGAAAGGCUGUCCCGCCGUGACUCAGGCAUCUUGGAUUUGUGUCGCCGUUAUACUGAGACUGAGAGGAAAGGCGAGGAAUGUCAUAUCCUUGUUCAUUUCAGAGCCUUUUUUUUUUCUUUGUGAAAUGAACUAAUAUAUAGGAAAAUAUACAUUGAAGCAACAUUUCAAAACAUUUUUAUUGUUAUCGUUCUUGGUUAAAGCGACUAAUAACAUAUACAGUGUUGCCACUGUAUACAGUUCAGGCCACUUAUGAGUCAUGCUCCUAAAGUCUUCAUUACAAUGAAAGAAGUACAGAGUAAAUGUGUGCAUAUUUUCACUUCUCACUCAUUGCAAUAGCAGCGAAUUCAGCAAGGUGGUUGAAAUUCAUGGUUGGGACAUGGGGCAUAGCCAGGACUUCAUUUUGUGGGGUUUAUGCCACCAUGAGUGUGUAUAAUAUCUCUACGUACAGUAGCUGCAUGAACAUGUUGAGAAGGUGGUGAGGGGCUGAUUGUUCCCUUUUAUGCCAUUGACUGGGUGUAUACAGCGGUUCACAGACAUCCCUGUAUAUACAGGGACGAAAAAUUCUUGAACAGCGGUGUCGCUGCAGCCAACGUUUCAUCAAGGGGUCUUGUCUUCUUUUCAGAGACACUAAAGGCAAAAAGUUGACAUGGAUUGUUGAAAUAGCAGUUCUAAAAAGCUUGUAGUGCCUGUUUCAUGUCGAGGAAAUGCUUAGUUUGAAAGAAAAUCAUGUUUUAGGAGUCUGCAUACGGUUAGCUAUAGUCGGAUACAACUUUAGAAGUCCAGAGAGGCCCUGCCCAGAUGACCGAUGCACGGCAGCCGAUCGCCUUCGCCACUAAAGAAAUAGUCCUGCUCAUGCAUUCGACGAUGCUCUCCAAAGGUGAAGUCACCAGCUGUCCGGCUCAUAACAUCUGUCUGGAGUGCGUACCAUCGUAGAGAAAAGGAUGAGCUGCCGUCCUUAUGGUGAAGCCUCCCGCUGACCUCUCCUUCAUUCAAAUAUGCUGAUAUCUGAUCUUGACGAUUGUGCCACUCCUUUUCUUCUACACAAUUUUCAACAUCCUCCACGCCUUCGCAUUGACGGCUCGACGAUGAACACUACCACGCACAGAUUCUAAGUAUGCACUGUUUGUUCAUCAGUAUUCGUAUCAGGUCCGAUUAUGUCCAGGUGGGAUCAUCAGGGUUUCCUCCUUCGCCUGGUCUUCCAGCCAUGCUUCUGUUGCUUGCUCCAUACCCAUGCUUUGAGUAUGUCGCCUUUCGAUGAACGGUUUUCGUUGGCAUGAACAUCCAUUAUGCCGACUCUUCCACAAGGUUCUGCUGUAGCACAGUCCUGGCGAAAACAGAGCUUGCGUUGUUUUCAAGGAUAACGUCGAGAAGUUAUUUUUGCAUGAAUCAGACUGAAAUGCACGAGUUCCGUUUUGAUUCCGUCUUGUAAUGCACUGAAGUGUUCUUUGUUGUCAUGCUCACUUUGAGUACUUACGAUUAAUUCUACUGUGAUCCUACUACGCCAUUGGGCUUGUGUUCCAUAAUGCCCCACUGGUGGCACAAAUCGUGUCCUACAUUUACCUUAAUUUCUCUGUUACUAAAGCUACGCUGAGUAUAAUAUCGACUGCUUUAGACGUUCUUAACCAUUUACAUUUUGCUCUAAUAUAUGAUGUUAUUUGCCAUUACUGUCCUUUUAAGGCAGCAGCUGCUAUGCCUUGGUGCGUGUAUGGGUACACCUCAUGCACUCUCCCCCCCAGCCACAACAGUGGAGGAGGAGAGGGAAAGAGCCAAGAGGGGUGGGGCUGAGACCGGGGAUAUUAGACAAGCUGGCGUGACGAAUUGAGUGAGUAAAGAGGAAGCACGUCAAUAAAAGAAAUAAAAGUGGUGCACGCUUUGUGGAGGGUUUUGUCCGCUUUGAAAGUGUAGAAGGCGGGAGCAUUCGGUUGAGUCAUGAAUGUCACAAGUAAGCAACAGCAACAAACAGUAAAUUUGCAGUGAGCAGAACAGUUGGAAAUUCUUCGGAGAAGCCCCCCCCCCCUCCACUUGUGCAUGUGUUGAGGCAGGCAAUUGCUACGUUGAAGAUGACAAGACCACUUGUCGAAACCCUGGCUACAGCAGGCCCGUAGCCAGGGAGGGGAGGCCCUGUUCAAGAAUUUUGCAUCUUUUCAAGCCUCCAUCUUUACCUGAUCUUCGCCUUGUUUGCAUUAAUGUACAGGGUGCCUCAGCUAUAAAGCGUCUAGAUUGAGAAUAUGUAUAUUUUGAAUGAAAACAAUUGCAUGUCGUUAGGUGCAACCUGUAGAAGUGUAUUAGUCAGGGACAACCCCUUCCCCAUUUCAGGUGAGCACAGCUCGUCCCUGCCGAACUGUCCCCAAAUCGUUUUGGACGAGUAUUGCUCGUCCACGUGACGGCAAAGGUUGUCGUCAUUGUCAGCAUGAUUAAAAUUGUUAGAAUGAUGAAAUGAUGCUCAGAAUGCUGAAAAUUAGGGGUGUGCGAAUAUUCGAACUUUGUAAUAUUUUUCAAAUAGUGCUUGAUAUUCGAUUCGCACCGGAAUUUUACUCUUAGAACCUCUGGAAAA